CUUUUUGUUCAGUUGGGGCCAGUCGUAUUCCCCCUCCCCCCCUCCAAAACCAUCACCACCAACAUUGCAUCGCCAUCUUCCUCGGCCAGAUCGACGUUCCCUUGUUUGCAGCAUAUCCCUGUCGACAUUAGACACAGACACAGACACACUGGCUCUUGCGACACGGGUCUCAUGAACCCAGUACACAUCAUCCCGAGACCGGUAGCUGCUCAAUAGCGCCAUGAAUUGAGCCGCACGUCAUCACGAUGCCUCCUCCCGAGUCCCGUCCCCUCCUCCUCCCCCAGAACCGCAAGCUCCGUCAUCUCCGCGGCAUCUACCUCCGGAACCUGAGCUUCGUUCGUCCUCGGGGCCAGACCAUUGACGACACGGCCUUGAACAAGUCAUCCUCGAAGCUCGAUGCCCUCCGUGAUGCCCCUCAGCUGCAUCAUGCUCUCUCCAGCGACAGCCUCCGGCCCAAGCCGCCGCGCCGCCGGAGCACCGCCCUCGCCCACGCCACCCCGGUGACAAGACAGCGCAUGCUGCAAUUCACCAUCGACGGUAGAGCCGCCGAUGCGUUUUUUUCCCUGCACUGCGACGGCGAGGACGAGCCCGUCUACAUUAGCGAGACGAAGGAGCAUGCGACUAAUUUCAACUUUCAAUUUUUCGACCUCAACCACCACGGCCCAUCCGUCACCCGCUCGCCCGUCGUCACUAUCAAGAUCUGGGCGAACCGGACUUCGUGGACGCUGUUGCUCCAAGACACGAUCGACCUUCGAAGUCUACACUUCAUUGGCACCCUCCAAAACCGCAAGUUCCCUCCAAACGGGCUCAUCUUCCAUCUCGCCGACGGCAUCUACUCGCUCGACGUCCUCGGCAAGCCCACGCACGCAAAGGAUCUCCCGCCACUCCAUACCUCGUCUUAUAAUGCUCUCAUGAAACUCGCGACCCUCGACACCUCGAUCCAGGACGCCAUCGCGACACAGGAACAGCUCACGGCCCAGAUUAACGACAUACUUGAGAAGUCGCCCCACAACGAGACGCCCGCCGCCGAGGAAAAGGUGAAGCUGGCCAACAAGUACGUAGCCCACGAGCUACGAUCUCUCAAGGCAGCCGAAAAGCGGCGCGACGAGCUGCGCGAAUCACUCAAGUCGCGCAGGGAAGCUAUUGCGCAAGGCCGUGCCCUACAAGAUAAGCUCGCGAAGGACAUUGUCGAUGCGACGCAGCACCUGGCAGCCUCGAAGGUGGUUCUCGCCAAGACCAAGGAGCAAAUUCGAGGCCAGCGCCGCCGCAUCUGCGCCGACCUCGGCAACAUAUACCAGAUCACACCCUGCCCAUCGGGCCCUCCGCUGUCGUUCCAAAUCGCCGGCCUCGCCCUCCCGAAUACGACAUAUGACACGGCUACUUCUCGCGGCCCCGACGACGACCUGUUGUCCGGUGCACUGGGCCACGUCGCUGCGUUGACGAACGCCCUGCAAUAUUACCUAUCCGUACCCCUGCCGUACCCCGUCACGCCCUUUGGGUCACGCUCGUCCAUUCGCGAUGACAUAUCCCUCCUCACCGAUCUCAACUCGGCCCAAGCAGCCCGCCAACGCGACUUCCCCUUGUACCUUCCCCGAGGCGGCUCCACUGCGGCGCAAUAUCGAUUCGACUACGGCUGGUUUAUCUUGAACAAGGACAUCGAGGCCCUGUGCGCAAGUCAGGGCCUCAAGGUCGUCGACAUUCGUCAUACCCUACCGAAUCUCAAGUACCUGCUCUACGUCUGCAGCGCGGGCAGCGAUGAGGUCCCCGAACGCAAGCGCGGUGGUGUUCGCGGUCUCUGGGCCGGACGUCUGAAGGGCCGCAUUCCUUCCUCUGCUGUCAUUGCCGGUGACGGAGAUACAAGCAGCGUCGGCGGCAGUCGUCGCGGUAGUACCGAUAGCGAGGUGCUCAGCCGACAGCGCGACGAGCUCCGGAGAGCAAUGACCGUUCGUGAUGGGGCCGAGUCGCCCAUCGACCACAGCCACAACGGCACCGGCAACGGCAACGGUAACGGUAACGGCGGAUCCGCAGGCCUGCCCUUUGGCGAGGUGAAAGUCUCGCUGAGGACGAAGGGCAUGAGGGAGAACGCAGGAAAGUAGGCAGCUAUCAUUAGUAACGAACGAUCUGGGCUUGGACACAAGGGAACAGAUCACAGCGGGCGGGGGAGGAGGGUCGGUUGAUUACAUUACUGCGUGGUUUCACUAUCGAGAUACCCCGGCCUUCAAGUCGCUGCCGCCACUAAUAAAAAUGUUAAUUGUUGCAGGCGACCAAAGCCAAGCUUUCCUGGGAAUCAUCCGUCUUUUUCACACCACCCACUGCGCCCGUGUCCCCUCAGAUUUGGAGAACUCGCCGAAUCCUUUGUGAACGAGAAUUGCUCUAGUACACCCUUCUCGCUCGACCUCCCCCCCCCCCCCCCCCCGUAAUGCGCCGUUAAAAACAAAUUACCUCGUCCCAUCCUGCCAUC